UGAGGUCGCCGCCCGCACCGGUUCAGGGAGAAGCCCUGUGUUGUUUCUCGCAGCGCCACAGAGCUGGCUGUGGCAGUCGGUGUGACAGGAGGAGAAGGGGGUUUGGUUCUAGCUGGGGGUACAGUCAGGGGGGGAAGGGCCUGUUGUGUAUGAAAGCUCCUGUUCCCGUGUACGGAGGGGCUCUUGUGAGGGGAGUUCUCUGUCUCCGGUACCCCCGGGCCUCCCAUCAUCUUCAGCGCGGCUGCCGCAGGACGGAGGGGGCGGAAAGGUCUGUGUAUCUGUGCCAGGGCUGGAGGAGGACAAAAUGGCUCGGCCAAGGCCCCGGGACUACAAGGCGGGAGAGCUGGUGUUCGCCAAGAUGAAGGGUUACCCGCACUGGCCGGCCAGGAUUGAUGAACUGCCGGAAGGAGCUGUGAAACCACCAGCAAAUAAAUUUCCAAUUUUCUUUUUUGGUACCCAUGAGACUGCAUUUUUGGGCCCAAAAGAUCUGUUCCCAUACAAGGAAUUUAAGGACAAGUUUGGGAAAUCAAACAAAAGGAAAGGAUUCAAUGAAGGAUUGUGGGAAAUAGAAAACAACCCUGGAGUAAAAUUUACUGGUUAUCAAAUGCAUCUGAAGGCAAUGCAGCAACAGAGCUCCUCAGAAACUGAGGGGGAAGGAGGCAAUGCUGCCGAUGGCAGCAGUGAAGAGGAGGAAGGAGAUCAGGUAGAAGAGGAUGGAAAAGGCAAGAGGAAGAAUGAGAAGGCAGCUUCCAAGAGAAAGAAGUCCUACUCUUCAAAGAAACCGUCAAAGCUUUCUCGGAAAUCUUCGGGAGAUGAGGGAGAAAAAGACAGCAAAGAUGAAGAAAAUAAGAGCGGAUCAGAGGCUGGCGAUGUGGACAAUGACAAGAGAAAUGCCUCCGAGGUGCAGAAAAGCAGUGCAGGGAACGUUUAUGCACGAGGGGCCCGUAAGAAAGGCACAGAUGCUAAAGAGAAAUAAUAAAUCUUAGUGGCACACAUGCAAGAUUUGACUUAACAAAGUACAGAUGACCAUGGGAAGAGGUCCAUAUUUUGCUGUUCUCCACACAUUUAAUUGUUGCCAUCCAGAGAUUGUCAGUUUGUAUACAUAAUAUCAUGUUCUAUUUGUUGUGUUUGCUGACAU